CUCAUCCAGAUCGUCACGUCAAUUCUCUGAACGUUCCAGCAGUUGUCUGCUUGAGUAUUUCUUGUCAGAUUUCCCAGAAUGUCAUUAUGUCUUCAGUGUGCCAAGACAAAAUGACUUGAAUGUUGUGUUCACUUCAUUUUUCAACUUACAACCAUAACCAAAGAUUUUUCCAGUCCGAGAGAGACCUGCGCUGAAGUUUACAGCUCGGUUUUGCAAAAGUUACUUUUGGAAAGAUGGUUCCACUCAAGACUGACCCAAACCUGGAAGAGCAGCUGGCCAUGAGAUGAGUCUCCAGCACGUAGUCAUGCAUCCUUCUCUUCUCCCGGGACCGUUUGGCUGCCUCGUUGUUCUUUUGACGUUUCUCCCAGUAGAGGGCAUCCUUUUUCUCCUCAGGUGAGGUGCUUGGGGAGUAUAGGCUGUGACACUGGAGCCUUUACCUGGGAGGAGGAGGAGCGAGGCAGAGCCGUGGUGGACAAAGAGAGAAGGGUGAUGGAUGAAACUGACGUGUAUGUGUGAACAGUGGUUAUGAAAACAAGCAUGUUAAUGUAUAGUUGGGUCUCUGGAGCUCUUUGGUUUAUUGGUCAGAUCUGUCACACGGAUAUGUAGAAGUGGAAAACACUGCAGGUUUGAUGCCGAAACUUGAAUCUUAGCAGCCUCAGUUCCCUCUCACUGGGAUCCCUCCUCCAGCCCACAGCAGAGAUUCAUCCAGAGAAUGUAACAGGAGCCUGCAAACGUCUGCACGUCGUCAUGGCCAAGGAGAGUUCUGAAUCUGGCCUCUCAUGGGAGGUUAGGGCAAACAGCCGUCACUACCACAAACACAACCAGAAGAAAUCCUUGUUGUGCUUCCGCUGGGGGCGUUACGCGGACAAUGUGCUGCGCAGCUACAAGUACUCCCCCCUGACCUUUCUGCCCCUGACGCUGUUUGAACAGUUCCAGCGAGUGGCCAAUCUCUAUUUCCUUCUCAUGGUGGUGUUGCAGUGUGUCCCUGCCAUUGCAUCUGUGCCCUGGUACAUCACCAUCAUGCCACUGCUCCUCGUGCUGACCGUGCGAGGCCUCAAAGACCUCGCGAAUGACAUGGCAAGGAGACGCAGUGACUCUAAGAUUAACUCCCAACCCUGUGACAUACUCAUCUCCCAGAGUUUCUACUCAGCACAGUGGAGGGACCUGUGUGUGGGAGACGUUCUGCGAAUCCACAAAGACCAAGUCAUCCCUGCAGACCUUCUCCUCCUGUACAGUUCAGAGCCUCACAGUUUGUGUUAUGUGGAGACGGCAGACAUCGACGGUGAGACCAACCUCAAGUACCGGCAGGCGGUCGGUGCCACACAUUCUGAGCUGACCUCUCACCCCAGGGAGGAGACCCUUGCUGCAUUCGAUGGUGUUGUGCUGUGUGAGGAGCCCAACAGUCGCCUGUACACCUUCAGAGGAGAGCUGCACUGGCGGGGAGAGUGUCAUCUGCUGGACAGCCAGCACAUCCUCCUGAGGGGAACAGUCCUACGCAACACAGAGUUCGCUUACGGCCUGGCCAUAUACACUGGCGCGGACACCAAGAUCCUGAGGAACUGCGGGAAACUGAGAGUGAAGACAACGCAAACUGAGAAAGUUUUCAACUUCGUGGUGAUCGGGAUAGUCGUCACUGUGCUGCUGACAGCUCUGCUUCUCGCCAUCGGCAGCGGUGUGUUUUCCAUUCAGGUCAUGAGCCACACAAAUGUUCUGUCUGUUCUGGUGGCUAACGGCAAUCCAGUCUACACCGGCUUCCUCACCUACUGGAGCUACAUCAUCCUGCUCAGCCCAGCUAUGCCCAUAGCUCUCUACAUCUCGUUUGAGCUGAUCCACACGGUCCACAGCCUGUUUAUUGGCUGGGACAUAGAGAUGUAUUGGCAGCAGGCGGACAGACAGGCCCAGGCCAGGAACACCUCGCUGAACGAGGAGCUCGGCCAAGUGGGAUACCUGCUGAGCGACAAAACCGGGACACUAACUCAGAACCGUCUGCUCUUCAGACAGUGCUGCAUAGCUGGGGAGAUCUACGGUGAUGCAUCACUCAGAGCAGAGGAUGUGGAGCCCAUGGACUUGAGCUGGAACCCGUUCUCGUGUGGUGGUCUGUACAUGUCCGCUCCUAGCCUGGUGGUGAAGCUCAGAGGAGAGCAGUGUCCGCUCAGCAGACAGUUCCUCACUGCACUGUGUCUGUGUCACACUGUCAUGGCAGAGUGGAAGGAAGAGUCUCCGGUUUACCAGUCUGCAUCUCCGGACGAGGAGACUCUUGUCGGUGCAGCCAGGGAGCUGGGCUGGGUCUUUCUCUCUCGGACCAGAGACUUCAUAAAAGUCUCUGAGCUCGGGGUCUCUCGACAGUAUCAGCUGCUGGCGCUGUUGGACUUCACCAGCCAAAGGAGACGUAUGUCUGUACUGGUUCGGGAGCCAGAGGGUGGGUUAAAGCUGUACUGUAAAGGGGCGGACAUUGUGAUCUUGGAGAGAUUGCAGAAGGACUCGCCGUAUCAAGAACGGACAGAAAGAGCGCUUGAGCUGUUUUCUCAGGCCUGUCUGAGGACAUUGUGCGUUGCGGUUCGAUCUGUUCCUGAGGCAUCGUGGAAGCAAUGGAGUAAAACUCUGGCCCAGUCUGCUGCCAUGGCGACCUGUGACCGUGACGCUGUGCUGGAAAAGCUGUAUGAUGAGAUGGAGCAGGAUAUGCAGCUCCUGGGGGUGACAGCUAUCGAGGACCGGCUCCAGGAGGGAGUCCCUGAGACAAUUGCUCUACUCCAACAGGCUGGUCUCAAAGUAUGGGUACUAACUGGGGACAAAAAAGAGACUGCUGUGAAUAUCGCAUAUUCUUGCAAACUACUAGAUCCUGACACAAGAUUACUGGAAUGGCAGGAGCUGAGGCAGAUACUCCAGGCCCCAGACCCAGGGGUCAGUUUCCUCAAGGCCAGGCAGAUGGAGCUGUGGGCUGUAGACACGAAAACGUCUGGGGCAAAGACUGCUGUGGUCCUCACUGGACCUGAGCUGGCAGAGUUUGAACAGAGACCAGAAUGGGGGUCCACGUUCAUGAGUGUGGCAGAACAGUGUCAGUCGGUGCUGUGCUGCCGUGUGACACCUGGACAGAAGGCUGACAUCGUCAAGUUGGUCAGGAAACACACCAGCUCAGUCACCAUGGCCAUCGGGGACGGCGCCAAUGACGUAAACAUGAUCAAGACGGCUCAUGUGGGUGUGGGACUGGCAGGAGUGGAGGGAGGUCAGGCAGUGCAGAGCGCAGACUUUGCUUUGUCCCAGUUCAGGUUCCUGCAGAGGCUGCUACUGAUCCACGGGCGCUGGUCAUACAGGCGCAUUUCCCUCUUCCUGCGCUACUUCCUGUUCAAGACCUGUAGCUUUGCUUUUGUGCACAUAUGGUUUGGCUUCUUCAAUGGCUUCAGUGCUCAGUCUCUGUAUGAGACAUGGUUCAUCGCUUUCUACACAGUCUUCUACACAGUUUUCCCAGUUAUGUGUCUGGCCUUCUUUGAACAGGACGUGAGUGCAGAGAGCAGCCUGAAGUGGCCGGAGCUGUACAAGUCAGGACAGAGACAGGAGCUCUCCAGCCCUCUGAUGCUGUCCUUGUCGCUCCUCCAUGCCCUCUACUCUUCCCUCAUUCUCUUCUUCAUCCCGCUUGGAGUUUUCUACAACACAGCCUUUGACUACCAGACCAUGUCGGUCACGGUCUCCAUGGCAGCCACGUUCACUGCCACAAUUGAGAUUGUGCUGGUGACCAGAUACUGGACAAAGAUCAAUAUCGCAGCUGUGUUUGUCUCUGUGGUGCUGUACUUCAUUUGUACCAGGAUCACCCAGAGCACCCGCCUGUUUGAGAGAUCACCCAGCGACUAUUAUUUUCUUGGCACGUCUGAAAAGGCCUUCAUCGAUCCGGUUGUGUGGCUCACGGCUUUGCUUACAGCCUGGACAUCUGUUUUGCCCUCGUUUACCGCUCAUGCUCUCAAUGUCAUCCUUGUGGCCCAAGACAAACAUAAGGUCCACAUUGUGUCCCCCCAGCGGGUGGAGCUGAAGACAAAGUUCAGGAGCGGAACGUCCCUCCGCCGCUCCUCUUACGCCCUCUCUCAGGGAGCCGGGCCUGGACGCCUCAUCACCUCCGGGACCUGCAUCCGCAGCACAGCACCGCCGGUGGAUGAGAAGGUGACUGCCAGUAAUAACCCCCCCUACUCACAAGGCCAAACUCACACAAAGGACAAUAAUAACACUUCAAUGGCACAUGAUUAACUUUUCAUUGGGAAAAUAUGUGUCUUUAUAGAUUGUUUCUGGAACAGAUAAUUUAAGAUGUUUUGUAUCUUCCGUACUUCUUCUGUUUUUGUGGCCAAUUCUUAAUAGAGCCAGCUAUAUUUUGUACAUCUACUACUAUCCAAUAAAGUAAAUAAUAUAAACAAAAUACAUUACAUACCACAAAUCUAGUUUAUUACCUUUACAUAUAGACAGUAUGUACAGACACUUCUGUAUGAAUAUCUUCCUCAUUGAUGUAUAAGGCUAUUGUUUUAAAAAUCAAAUUUCCAUCUGGGGUCACAGGGGAUUCCUUUAUUAAAGAUCGAAGUCAACACAAUAAACUCACUGCACAGCUUUGUUUUACAAUUGUUUUAUUUGUUAAUUUAUUUCAAAACACGCAAUUUUUACCCAUAUUAUCCUUUUAAGUUUUUAUUUUUCUGUAACAGUUAUUACUCAGAUUUUUUUCCUUCUCAAAAAGUCUCAGCUAGUGUGAAACUAAAAGUCCUGCACAGGCUCUCCGGCUUCUGCAGUGGGAGGAGGGAAAAGAGGCUCUCUGACCUGACGUCGUGAGUGGGCUUAUCCCUCAUUUCUGCGUGGGCGGUGGUGUGUGUGUGGGUGAGAAUGUAUGUCAUGUUACAUGUGUGUUUAAGUGCAAUAGGCGGAAUGUCCACAGGGCCGUUAAAAAUCACUGGACCCGUAGAGCAGCAGCCCAGAGAGCUGAACAUUGUCUUCUAGGUUUGGUAGCCAGAUUGUCAUACCUCUGAUUUCAUCUUUGGUUUCAGCAAACACUCUCAAAAGGCAGACUCACCCUCUCCAGCAUGUGCCUGUGUCUGUUUGUGUGUGUCUGUCUGUCUGUCCGAGUGCAAUAUAAGCCACCAUCUCCAGACGACUUUGUAAACUUAAGCAAUUACAAUGUUAGCGUCUUUGCAUUGAUUGUGGCCCUUCCUUGGCUCUAGGGACAAAGACGGUCAAACAUUGUAGAGCGAUGGAGCCAUGAGCGGGGGAGGAGCAGCUUGCAAACGUCAACAUGGACUCCAUUUUGAUGUUAGUGGCAGUUUGGGGCAUUCGUGUAAAGCUGUACGUGUGUAGUGGAACAUGGGGGGGGGGGGGCUGCUGUAGUGCACUUCUUCCCCCCCAGUCACUCUCUAUUGUACCCUGAGUGACUGGAGGUUUAUCUGCCAGAUCAGGGCUCAUGGUAAAGGGAGGUGAUGGUGGGGGGAGCGGGUGGGGCAAGGGUCUAUGGACCAUGAGGUUGAUGUAUGAGUGUCUAUAUGUUGAGGGGAGGUGUCAGGGGGUUGAGGGGUUGUACACUCUGACCCAGCAGCAACGAUUAAGAUUGGGGGGGUCAGGUGUUUGCAUAGUUCUCUGUGCAAAAGCCACCAACCGGAGCCAUUUUUUUUAUUCCUCGCGGCUGGUUACAUCAUCAGUAGAUUUAGCAGGAAAUCAUGGCGGGUUGAUGAAAAAUGUGGUCUUUGCACCACACGUUUUUUUUGUGUGGGUGUUUUUUUUGCAAUCCUGCGUUGCACUACAUGGUGGCAGGAGGGGUGAAAAGUGAGAGAAUGGGGUGAGGAAGGAGUGAGUUAAAAAUGUCUGAUGAGUUUUCAUGUUGGAGUGUAGUCCGAUUUGGACGAGAUGGAGUGACAAAUGGACAUGUCGGAAAGGGAGAAGAAGGGGUGGUGAGGGGCAGUCAUUCGGCAGUCAGGCACUACAGCUCGUCACGGUUCAGACAGCCUCUUUUCCCUUGAUUUUUUUUUGUGUGUUCUUCCGUCCUCCCCAUCCUCCUCCCCACUGGCCUGCCCUCUCUCUACCUUUUUUCUUGUUUUGAAACUGAUUGUCUUCUACCAUCACAAAGACACUUGGUUCUGAUUGAUUAACAGGUAACAGAAGAGGGAGAGCACAGUGUGACUGGGGGUCGUCUACAUCAGCCCCACCGGCGACCCGUUUCCACCCCGCGUGCGAAAUGACACUCACACACACAUAUGCUGUUUGACAGUAAAUGCUGACGACAUUUCUGCAUGGCGGGACGAUCGGUUGCCGAGUGGCACUGUGGUCGGUUGGUCGGUCAGUCAGUAAGAAAUGGUUUCAAAUUUUUCGCAUGACAAAUAUUGCAACCCAUGGUAAAGGAGCAUUAAAAACAAAAGAAAACACUUGUCUUCCACAUAGGUACAAAUGAACACACAUACACAGAUUGAAGAAAAGCAUGUAGACAGACACACGGGUAUAUUCAAGGCCGCUCGGGUCUGUGUGUGUCCCUCUGAUUAACUCCAAGUAAACAGCCUGUCUUUGGAAAAGCAAGACACACAGUUCAGGACCCGAGUGAGGACCUCAAGCUGAGGAAUGAAGAUUGGAUGCUAUUGAUUGGGAGGAGAGGAGUUUGACCUCCCCCAGCACACACUGCCCCCUACUGUCUGGAUUUAUAUACAUCAAAGAAACAUGGGGGGAAAAGGGGAAGGGUUGCAACAACACAUGCACACAACCAGUGAAUCCAACAGUGACGGAAAAAAUCUAAAAACAAGGACCCCUCCAACGCCUAAAACCCGAAUCCUCCCACCCCUGUUUUUUUGUUUUUGUUUCGAUAACCAAAAUAUCCCCCACCCUUUCUCCACCCACUCCCGUGUCUUUCCAUCCUUUUCCUCCUCCCCACAAAAAUCACAGGUCAUUCCUGUUGGUUUCUAUACAGUUAUACAAUAUCCAUGCACAAAAGAAAGAAAAGCGCACCUUCUUUUCAACAGGAGGUGCUGGUCUUUAAUAUUCUAAGAACAUCAGGAGCACUUGAACACACCCAGGAACCUUCAAAAGUAACUGUGAAAUAGUUUUUUUUUUCAGAGAAAAGACAACUUAAAGGCAGAAUAAAGCUAACGAUGAGUAAAAGGUCAUCCCUCCUUUGGUUUAACAUCAAAUUUUUGGUUUAAAAUUCGGCCGAAAUCAUAUUUUUUCUCAUUAAUUUUCCUUUUUUUUCUAUUUUUCCCUUUAAAUGUACCUGCCUAUGAAAGAGCUUUUGAACUAAACUAAAGUGAGUAGCUCUCAUCCCUCUCUCUCUACUCUAGCCUUCUCUUCUGUCUCUUUUCUCAUGUAACCCCUCCACAGAAACAUUCACAAUGUCUUUUUUCCUUUAUGAAAAAACAGUAAGUACAUGCCGUAGCAAAAACAAACGAAAGAGAAACGUACGAGAGAAAAUGAGCGAACGAAUAAAAAGGAAUUUUUAACAGUAUAAAGCUUCAAGUCACAAGUUCCAAAACUAACUAUCAUAGUAUCAUAGUUUCAUAAUCAUCGUUUAUCAUUAGCAGUUAUUAUUUUUCAGUUUUAAAUUACAUAAAGUUUACAUGAAAGGUUUUUGAGGUAUUUCAGAAUUAAUUGUCAACACACGCCUACCGGGUCUUAGCACUAGCCAGGGGGAGCGGUCGACUGGACAGAAAGUGGAGGGAGGAGGGAGUUUGUGUCUAUAUAAACUGUCAGUGAGUCUUCCACACUUUUUCUAGUGCAGCCUCUGUGCUUGCACGCCGUGGAGCGAGAGAAAGAGAUAUUCAGUGGUAUGGUUGGUUUUUUUUGUUGUUUUUUUUGUUUUUUACAACUACAGCCCUCUGAGCUCUUCAAGCCUCUGCCUUUUUACCCCCCCCUUUCUCUGUUACACAAAAAUAUCUCUGAUGUGAGGGAGGCAAAGUGGCCGAGAGUAAAAGCGCACGGGGCAGAGUGAGGAAAAAGAAAAAAGAAAGUACACACAAAGGCUGUGAGCUCCUAGAAGAUCAACGAUACAGUAACAAAGACUCUGACAGAUUCAGGAGUAAACAUAUAAUUUUGUUUCAAAUAAAUAGUGUAUAGAAAAUGUUUUAUAGACUUUCUACAUGAUAAAGUGCUUGUAUUCUAGUGUAUCAAGAUGGAAAGUCAAUAUGGGAGAAAAUGCUGACACAGCCCCCACUCUGUGUCCCUCUUGUUGUGCCCCCCACACACACCCAGCCUCCUUUCUGUCCAUCCAAUUAUGGGUGCAUUGUCUGUGUGUGAGUGCGUGUUUGUAAAUGGGUGUGUAGCUUUAUGCAUGUGUUUGUGUAUGUGUGUGUCCAGUGCAGUCCCACCCGUGGUUGAAGGGAAAAGGCACUCAACUCUGUCUGCAAGGCGGCCACCUCCUCCUAUGUGGCACGAUGCAGUCCGACUGCGCUGUUACUACUAACAUGUAUGUAGAUGUGUGUGUAUAAUGUGUGCAAGUGUGUUUGUAAUGGUGUAGGGGGAAAGAUGGGAUGAGGGGGGGGGGCUCUCUUAGUUAUUUAGUUUUUGUAUGUGUCCCCCUAGGCAGUUUGGGACCGGUAGGCUGCAGUAUCUUUGGUAUUAGUGGCGGUUUCACAAACCACUCAGCUUAGUGAGGUAGCCACAUUGGUUCUCACUACAAACAAAUGCCAUUUUGUCAGCCUAAAUACCUAGAGCUGAAUCUAGCUAUAUGCUCACUGAACUGUAUACCACAAACUUGAUUUUAGCUCAUCUUCCUUUGGCGUCUUUUAACCCACUGCUUACAGCAACGUGAAGUUAGUUGGUACGUCCCGACCAGCUCCUCUACAAUGACCCAUCUCUUAUCUAAUCUGCACCGCUAAUCUGACUACAUUGUUGGAAAUGCUACAGUUGCAUCUUUAGACCAUACAGAUAACUAUUGAGUCCCGGGCUUUGACCCCCCGCGCACCCACCCUCCAAUAAAACACAUUGAAUCAGCCAGGACAUUUGGAGGUCAUUGUUUCAUCCCCCUCUUCCGUUUUCCCCCGUUCGUGGGGUUCAUCUUAAAGGUGGCUGAGAGUACAGUUCUGACAUGAAUUGCCAGAAGAGGAGAAAGCGUCCCGUCAUUUAUUCUUCUCUUCAGCAGCUCCCUGUUUUUCUUUUUUUUUUUUUCUCUUUCUCACGGUAAAUGUCUUCUCCGAGUCUAUAUUCACACAGAAUGCAAAAAAAUACGUCCUUCGUCGGCCUCGGUCCUUGCAUCCCUCCUUUUCUUCCUUUUGAAAAGUCCUUCAUUUUUUUGUUUUUGAUUUAUCAACAAGGUGCCUUACUUAUGCACAACAGAGCACAAUAGUAACAAGAAAUAGAAACUUUGUGUCUAUGGUACUAAUUAAAUACCCGCAUCAAUAUAGAGAGGAA